AUGGCUCUAAAUGAUUGUUUCCUUCUGGACUUGGCAGUGGACCGUUUCUGCAAUAUCUCCAAUCACAGCGAGGCUGUCUCCGGGAAUGAGGACUGGUUCUACCCCGGGAUCCUCUAUGCCAUCCCUGCAAUUUAUGGGGUUAUCAUUUUGAUAGGGCUCGUGGGCAACAUCACCCUGAUCAAGAUCUUCUGCACGAUCAAGUCCAUGCGCAACGUGCCCAACCUGUUCAUCUCCAGCCUGGCUCUGGGGGACCUGCUCCUCCUGGUAACGUGUGCUCCCGUGGACGCCAGCAGGUACCUGGCCGACCGAUGGCUGUUUGGCAGGGUCGGCUGCAAAGUGAUCCCCUUCAUACAGCUUACCUCGGUGGGGGUGUCCGUCUUCACGCUCACGGCUCUCUCGGCAGACAGGUACAAAGCCAUCGUCAGGCCAAUGGACAUCCAAGCAUCUCACGCCCUGAUGAAGAUCUGCCUCCAAGCCGCCCUGAUCUGGGUCAUCUCCAUGCUGCUGGCCAUCCCAGAGGCUGUGUUUUCUGACCUGCACCCCUUCCAUGAGGAAAGCACCAACCAGACCUUCGUUAGCUGCGCCCCAUACCCACACUCCAAUGAGCUGCACCCCAAAAUCCACUCCAUGGCCUCCUUCCUGGUCUUCUACAUCAUCCCACUGUCCAUCAUCUCCGUCUACUACUAUUUCAUUGCCAGAAAUCUCAUCCAGAGUGCUUACAAUCUGCCCGUGGAAGGGAACAUACACGUCAAGAAGCAGAUGGAAUCCCGGAAACGACUUGCCAAGAUAGUGCUGGUGUUCGUGGGCCUCUUUGCCUUCUGCUGGCUCCCCAACCACAUCAUCUACCUGUACCGCUCCUACCACUACUCCCAGGUGGACACCUCCAUGCUCCACUUUGUCACCAGCAUCUGCGCCCGCCUCCUGGCCUUCACCAACUCCUGCGUGAACCCCUUUGCCCUCUACCUGCUGAGCAAGAGUUUCAGGAAACAGUUCAACACCCAGCUCCUCUGCUGCUGGCCCGGCCUAUUGUCCCGCUCUCCCAGCACGGGCAGAAGCACCACCUGCAUGACCUCAUUCAAGAACACCAACCCCUCUGUGGCCACCUUCAGCCUCAUCAACGGCCACAUCUGUCACGAGGGGUAUGUCUAGUCUGACCCUCAGCCCCGCCCCCUGGAGACCCCUGGCUUUGCCCUGAGGCUGGUGGGGACCCUUGUGUCUCUUAUUGGCCUCUGUACCCACAGAGACCCUCUGGUGUAGGCGAGGGGGUGGGGUGGGCAAAUGGAUCACUGUUAGGUUUCAAAGGCGCCAUCAAGUCUUACAUUUUCCUUUUCAACCCGUGAGUGCUUCUCCAGAUGUAGGGCAAAUUUUCCCUUUUAUAGAAAAGGGGACAAAUAGGGAAUUAUUAGUUUAAACGUCAAGUCCAGAUUUACAGGCAUGGCCUAUUAACUCAUGGAAACCAUAUGAACAACCAGAUUUAUGGAGAAGAGAAAUCAUAUUUUGAAUAAUCACUUUGUGAAAGACUUCACCUUGCCAUUUCUUUAAGCAGAAGCUAGUGCUUUAAAAAUAUGAUAAUACAUGAACUGAGGAACAAAUUUUAUUUAUACUGCUAACAUGAAAAGUCAACUCCAUGCAAGAACCCCAUGUAUGAGGGACCAUCCCCUAAUUGAUACCACUGAAAGCCAGUUGAAUGAAAAACAAACCAUGGGCGCUGAUUUUUUUUUUAAAAAAAAGAUGUUACUGAGGACAUUGGAGAAACUCUCAGUACAUAAUUUUAAGAUUUAAACACAACUGAACACAUAAACACACAGAUAAAGGUUGAUUUGUGGCUGUGAAGUGAUACCACACACUCUGAAUUCUAACUCGAUGGAGGUAGGUCCAUUUUGCUGUUACCAAAGUUUAAUCAUCCAUAGUGUGAUUCCACCAUGGGAGAGAAAUCCUUUUAGGAAAAAAAAAGUGGCCAUGCUAUCAGUUCAUCAACUAUUUACAAGUGCAUACAGCAUAAUGUUUAUUCUUGGGAUACAGGUUUAUAACCAGGUGUGUUUAUUUAGAUUCAAUUGUUUUCGUCUGCUACAUGGAAGCAGUACCUUCAUACAUGAGAUGGAAGGGAUCAUAUUUGAUCAGAAAUACAAACGUGCUUAUACUUAAGGUUCACUUUGCCUAAAGUGUGUAGGAGGAAAUUUUAAACAUCCCUUUUUAAAACUUCUGUCUGAAUAAGUAUGAGAAAGUUCCAGUGUGCUCAACUUUAGGAACUGAUUGAAAAACAGCCACACAUACAUUUUAUUUCUACUGCAGAAGAGUAUUUAGGAAAUGGCCCAUGUGCAGAGAAAGACUGGACUGAAAUAUUUGUCUACGCGAAUAAAGUUGGCUCUAAACAGUUCGACUACCUUAUUUUCGAAACCCUGAACCAAGUUUUCCUGGACUUGAGGAUGGGCCAAUUCUGACUGACUGCAAACAUGUCAACCCGCCAUCUUAGUCUCCUAGGGCCACCGUGACAAAUUACCACACACCUGGUGGCUUCAAACACUAGAAAUUUAUUGUCCCACAGUUCUGGAGGCUAAAAGUCUGAAAUGAAGGUGUCAGCAAGGUCAUGCUCCGUUUGAAAUCGGUAAUGGAGAAUCCUGCCUUGCCUUUCCUAGCUUCUGGCAGUUGCUGGCAGUCCUUGGAGUCCUUAGCUUGCGGCUGCAGCACUCCAGCCUCUGCCUCCCUCAUCACAUGGCUUUCUCCCCUCGGGUGUCUGUGCCUCUUCUCCCCUUCUUAUGAGGACACCAGUCAUAAGGGGGUUAUGGGCCCACCAACGUCGGGGUGUCCUCGUCUUAACGAAUUCCACGUGCAGCGACCCUAUUUCCGAGGGCCUGGGCAUCAGAACUUCGACGUAUCUUUCUGGGGGACACAAGUUAUCCCAUAUCACCCACUUGUAGCUAAAUCCAAAUUCUGACAAUGUGCCCUAAUGUGUAUCCCUUACAUCCUAAGAUAAUUUUAGUUCGGGUUCUCUCUCUCCAGGGGAGGUAGAACAGUCAGCUCUCUUUACCACAUGGCACACAUUAAAAGCUUUUUGCCUUUUGAUCUGAGGAAGUGUUUGCUUUAAAGAUCAUUUCACAUUUUAAAUGUUUCAUGUCAUCUUAACCAUAAUAAUUGUACAAAUUAUAAAAUGUCUGCAGGGCUUUGGGAGUUAGGGCCAAGGCAGUUGUAGAGAUCCGUGUUCACAGCUGUGUUAGCUGGAGAGCAGCCUCUUCACUUCUUCACUACAUGUCCUUAUGUACUGUACACAUCUGCUUUCCUGCUAGCCCAUCAUUAACAUUGCACAGCUUGAAAAAGAAGACAGAUGGUGUCGGUGAAAGUACCAAGGUUUCUAGCCUGAUGUCCCAACUCUGUCUCCAGCUGUAUGACCUUGGCUAUCAAUUUCCCCUCUCUGGGCUCACUGUUUUUUUCAUCUCGAGCAUGAGAGGACAGUGCUAAAGUCCCCUCUACCUCUAAAAUUCUCCAAGUCUCUUCAUUGUUUCCAAUUCUGUCUCUAAAGCAUUUAUGUAGCCCAGUUGCUUAGGGCUGCCCCACUUCUGCUACUCUUGCCAACAACAGUUCUCUGGAAAUCCCUUCCACUGCCCUUCUAGGUGCAGGUGCACGUUAGCAGUAGGAAAGGAGUCUGACCACUCUGCUGCCUCCAGGGCCUCUGUGGAAUCAUUUGGAUGCAUGGCGCUCCAUUGGCUUGUUAUGUUUGGGGAUUACAGUUGUAGGAGACCUAAGAAAAUGCAUUGCUCGGUCCUUUCAUUGUACAGAAGGGACUCCUCCUCGUUCACCUUCUUCCACCUCCACGGACCUGUUGACUUCAGCAGGUUUCCCACACACCCUUGGCUUGCUUCAAAACCCUUCAUCAA